AACCACGCUGCAAAUCGCGCGACCAUGGCUGGCCGGUGUACGUCGACUGCGUACGAAAGCAGUUCGACGAAUUUAUCGAUAUGCAAACGCAUUUUCCACCGUCUUCUCAUGUAAGGUAAUUAACGCAUAUUGCUUAUAGAAAUAAAAUCCUUUACUGGUUCAUUUUUGUGAAUAACGAUUUAUUCUUUAAAUUUGUAUCAGUAAAAUCUUAUUAAUUUACAGUGUUAUAUUUACAACUGUGAUUAUCAGUGACUAUUCACUGCCUUUCAAAGAUUCUGAUUAAGAAAAGGAUACACUCAUUAGAAAUCAGUGUAUCGUUGAAAAACAAUGCAUAUAUCAUUGAUUGAUCAUUACAAAUAUAUAAGUAUUAAAAUCAGACUGUUCAUUAUCAUAUACUGAACAAUACACUGAUUCAGAGAAUAGAUCUCUUAAACUAAUCAUUUAUUUUCUUAAACUUUAGUCUAUUAAUAAAUUCUUCGAAGAUUCUUUGAAAUGCUAAUAUAUAAACUUAGUGAGAUAUUAUACCACAAGAGAGAUAAAUCCCGACUUUUUUUUAAAGAAAUAAAGAUUUAAGCUGAGAUAUUUUACGACUGUGGAACACAAGCAAAAACUUUUCAGCUUCACCUUUUUUGCUUGUGUCUAAAAGAAUGACCAUGAUACAUGAUCCCUUUUUCUCACUUUUGACAUGGAACAUUUCGUGACUCGAGAAAAAAAUCAUCUGGAAGAUCGAGAAGCGUUAUCCUUCAACAUAUUCAAUGCGAAAACCAGCUGGAUUCUGAAACUGGUCGCACGGCUGGCGACAGAUAACGCAAAUAAAAAAAAAUGCACCUGUAGACAUUAAGAACGAAAGUUAUUUCAGCACUUUAAGGAUUCGCCAGCGAAAGGAUGGAGAUGUCAUGAGACAUUUUUUUCAAACAUUUUCAGAAAAAGGAAAAGGACAGUUUAUUUCAGAUUCGAUAAUAUAACUAGAGCAUGAAAUAAAAGAAACCCUGAAAUGAUUAUCUGAAACUUUGCUUCAUAAAAUUUUAAAAAUCAAAUUAAAUCAAAUAAUUCCUUUUAAUUUUAGAUUAUUUUAUAUACAUGUAUGUGUAUGUGUGUAUGUGUUAUACUUCUUUAAGUCAUUUAUUUACCUCAGACUUUUAAAAAUCUUUGUCUAGCGAUAUUACCAUUACCAUGCUCUUUUAUACAGUGAUUUCAUUCAUUCAAGAAUUUGAAUAAGCUGGCUAAGGCUUACAACAAGAGUGGAAAUAUAUCGAAUAUUCAGUGCAGUAAUUUGUUUCACAAAUCUACUUCAUAAUACAAAGAAAGAGGAAGAGAGUAACAUAGGGAGACGAAAGAAGAGAGAUAAGGGGUUAUAGAUGAAAGCAAGACAGAAAGUCUCAAAGUGAGAGACAGGAGAGAAAGAGAGAGAUAGAGAGAGAGAGAGAGAGAGAGAGAGAGAGAGAGAGAGAGAGAAAGAGAGAGAGAGAGAAAGAGAAAGGAGACGAAGAAAUACGAGAAAAGUAGAGAGGUGCACCUCUUCUCGAAGUGUUCAAAAGAGGAGGUGGUAACUGUAAAAAGGGGGGAGAGGGACCUAUGACACGUGACCAAUGACUUAUAUAAAGGUGGCGAACGACAGGGCCCAAACACAGAGUUCUAUCUCUCGACGCAGCGGAGGCGGUGUCCUUAAAAGUGCCUGUAAAAUUUUUUUCCGUUAAUUUUUCGUUUGCCUCCGCGUCACACAGUCGACUUUUUCGUUGAACCAUGAGGACGUACUACGUGAUAGCCGCCAUACUGAUCGCCGGGACAAACGCUCAGGAGGCCUUCAAAUGUCCGGACGACUUCGGGUUCUAUCCUCACCACUUAUCGUGUGAUAAGUAUUGGAAAUGCGACAAUAACGUGGCGGAACUAAAGACAUGCGGCAACGGUCUGGCAUUUGACGCCAGCGACAGCAAGUUCCUCACCGAGAACUGCGAUUAUCUGCACAACGUGGACUGCGGCGAGCGUACGCAGCUCGAACCGCCCAUCAGUACGCCGCAUUGCGCCCGACUCUACGGCAUUUUCCCCGACGAGAAGAAAUGCGACGUCUUCUGGAACUGUUGGAACGGCGAGGCCUCCCGCUAUCAGUGCAGCCCUGGACUAGCCUAUGACCGUGAGGCCAGGGUGUGCAUGUGGGCCGACCAGGUGCCCGAGUGCAGAAACGAAGAGGUCGCCGGGGGUUUCACGUGUCCGGCAGCAGGAGAAGUGAGCGGCGCAUCCGGUAGCUUCAGCAGACACGCCCAUCCGGAGGAUUGCAGAAAAUACUACAUAUGCCUUGAAGGCAUCGCCAGGGAGUACGGUUGCCCGAUUGGCACCGUCUUCAAGAUCGGCGAUGCCGACGGCAGCGGCGCAUGCGAAGACCCUGAGGAUGUUCCCGGAUGUGAGGAUUACUACGGUGACCUGGACCUGAAGAGCAUCCGGAAGAGUGAGCUGCUUGCCGGCAUCCAGAGCGAGCCCAGAAAGCCGAACCAGGCGAACCUUAAACCCAGGCCCUCAACAGUAGGAGGGCCUACGAGGCCUUCACCCAAUCAAGAAUAAUAUAUCCUGAUUUACCUCGCUCUUUCUACUUUCAUCCCCUCACAUUUUCACACCUUUUUACCUACUCUUCUUCAUCUAUCUCUCCGUCCCUCUCCCUUUCUCUCUCUCUCUCUCUCUCUCUCUCUCUCUCUCUCUCUCUCUCUCUCUCUCUCUUCCUCUGUUUCUCUUUUUCUACUUUUACUUUUCUCUCAUUUAUUUUCUUUCUCUAUAUCGUUCUUUCUCACUACCAUUUAAUUUCAUCAAAUAUUAUUUAACACAAUUUAUAGGUGCGAGAUCUAAACUGGCAAACUGAAAUAUAGCAUUUCUCUCUUUUUGCAAGAAAUCUGUACAAUUUUUAUUGCAACGUAAUUCUGAUUGUAUCAAAUCAAUGAUGAGAGUCAUAAUUAUGUGUUCAAAUUGUCAGAAGAAGAAUUAUGCCAUAGUUUUUAAUAAAACAUAAGCUAUUAAACAUGCC